AUGACACAGAUUUUGAGGCAUGUUAAUGAACUGGCUUGUUUAGAGGUGAUGAAGGUCAUGAAGAUGAUUGACAGACAGACUUACUCGUGUGUGAUGGUCAGCGUUGACAUCAGUACUCAGUGUUCAUCAGUCAUCGUCAAGAUUCAUGUGGAUAUUGAGAUCAAUGGAGAGCCUGUGAGCCUGCAUAUGAAGCUGGGAGAUAACGGAGAGGCGUUCUUCGUGGAGGAGAACGAGGAUUUUGAGACGCGGGUUCCCGCUCACCUCUGCACCUCUCCGAUCCCCACGGACGUCCCAGAAGUGUCUGAGAUGAUGGAGUCCUCCUCCAGCCGCCGCAAAAAACGCCGCAGGAAGCGAGCGCGUUCAGACACGCAUCUGCGAGAGGAGGCCAGUUCCUCUUCAGACGAGAAAGAAAGCCUAGAUCAAGAUGUCCUAAAGGAAGAGUCGCUUUUGGCCGCAAGUAAGUCUGUGUACUACUCGCUGACAGAGGAACCCUACGAGGAACCGUCUGGAGCUCAGAGCAGAGACGUUCAUCCUCACUCUGAGGGAGAGUGUUCUGUUAAUGAGAGUGUGUUCUUCAGUCGUCCCUCCUCUCCUAAGAGUGAUUCAGAGUUGUGUAAGCCGCAGGAGUCUCUAGGGCCCCAGAUGCAAUGGAACUGGGGCGCUUUUCCCAAAGUGUGUCAGGCGGAGAGAGAUGGAUCUGAUUCGCUGCGAGACCCGCCCAUCACGCCCUCUGACCACUCCCACUUCCGCACGAUCCAUCGACAAGCAUCCAUUGAUGUGGACAGCACUGACUCUGCAGCGACGGUGACCGUAGUGAGACCUGAACCUCAGAUUGGAACGACCAGCCCUGUUCCAUUAGAUGACACUCACGCAGUUGUUUCUUCUUCAGUUAACACACAACUAGACAUCAAGGUCACCGAAACGCAUGUAGUGACCUUUCAGUCCGCAGACGACUCCUUCCCACAGGCCUGGACUGCACUGGAAAACAAAGAGACUAAAGACUUAACCGUCAGCACAGACAAUCACACUCAGACCUAUAACAUAACCAGCUCUACUAACACAAUGCACGGGACCGGUGCUGUCAGCAGCGCAGCUAGUUCAGACGCCGUGGCUCAUGUAGGACGCCAAGAAACCUGUGAUGAGAAUAAUGUCUCGGUCACAUCCGAAAUCCAAACCGUCACAUUCGGUGAGACUGAAUCAAAUACGGUUUUAGAAGCAGAAACAGAGGUCAACUCAGCGGACACAAUCACUGUUUUACCAAAACACCAAAGCUCUGUGGGAGACUCAGAGGAGGGGGCGGGAUUAGAGACGUCACUGACCAAUCAGAAUGCAGAUGGUGCUGGAGUGACACCAGCUCUGGAGUCCGUCCUCAAAUCAGAGGAUUCGAAGCCUCUUGAGUCCUCGAAAACAGCAGACUCUCAGGACAAGAGGACAGUCAAGCGCAGUCAUCAUUUGGGACCAUCUGAUAUCUAUCUAGACGACCUCUCCAGGCUUGACCCUGAAGCUGCUGCCCUCUAUUUUCCAAAGAGUGAGACAGAGUCGCCGGAUCCGUCUCCUCCCUCGGGUCAGCUGUCGUCUCAGUCACUGGGCAGCGCUAAUGCAGACAGCGGCACCGAGUAUCUGUCCGACUCUACCACAGACACGCUAGACGUGACCAUGUCUCUGUGUGGGAGAGGAGACAUCAGUCAGAUCAGUAAAGAGAAGUUCAUGGAGCAUCUUGUGAAGUAUCAAGACUUUGUCAACAACCCUGGAAUUAUUGAAGACCCAAACCUUGUCAUCUGCAUCAACUCAAAAUAUUAUAACUGGGCUGUGGCAGCGCCGAUGAUUCUGUCAGUUCAGGCUUUCCAGAAGACUUUACCAAAGAGCACCAUUGAGCAACUGGUCAAAGAUAAGAUGCCUAAAAAGUCUGGCCGCUGGUGGUUCUCCUGGAGGAGGAAAGAUCUGAACAAUGUUGCGGGAAGCCAAAAGUCAGACGCAGAGGGGAAUCAGCUUGAAGCAUCUUCCGCUAUCGCUGGACACUCUUCACUGAAGAGUUCUGUUGAACCCUCGAGUGAUGAGGAUGGCUCUGUCUCCAUGAGGAAGAACAAUGAAGCAAUGAGCACAGCGCAGUGCAUCAGUCAGAUGUACCGCAAAUCCCUCCGGCUGACCUCUGAGCAGAUCGAGAGUCUGAAUCUGCGUGAAGGAGCUAAUACGGUUGUGUUCAGUGUGACCACACAGUAUCAGGGCACCUGCCGCUGUGAAGCCGCCAUUUAUCUGUGGAGCUACGACGACAAACUCAUCAUCUCAGACAUCGAUGGGACCAUCACCAAGUCAGAUGCUCUGGGGCACAUUUUACCGCAGCUGGGGAAAGACUGGACUCAUCACGGCAUCGCCAAACUAUAUCACAAGAUACAUCAUUACUCUCAUCUCAGUGAGCUGGUGGAUCACAUCUUCCCCUUCAUCUGUAAAGAUCAUGCCUCCUCCUUCGACUGUCCCGAGUUCAGUCAUUUCUCCUUCUGGAGAGAGCCGCUGCCUCCGCUGGACCUCGCUGACCUGAUCUAG